AUGGCAAAAUUAAAGUUAUUAUGGGUACUUGCCAUCUUGGCCUUAUUAUUUGUGGCAGUACAAGCUCAAGGAGAUGGAGAUGGUUGUGACAAUGAUGAUGCUACUACUGUAGCUGGAGAUGAUGAUGUAACUACACCUGUUGGAGGUGAUGAUGAUACUACACCUGCUUUUGGUGAUGGCGACGAUAAUGAUGACGGCGAAGUUGCUACACCUGACGGUGGCGAUGAUCAAGUAACUGAUUCCAGUACAGAUGAUACUACCCUUGCUCCAGAACCAGGAGAUACCACAUGUAAGCCUACAAAACCAACUUCUCCAUCAUGCCCCCAUCCACCACGGCCACCAGGAGGAUGUGGUAGACCACAUUCACCUCAUCAUCAUGGACACGGAGGAGGAUGGGGUGGUUGGGAUGACGGAGGUAGAGGUGACCACGGUGGAAGAGGUGGACGCGGCGGGAGAUGUGGACGCGGCGGUAGAGGUGGACGUGGCGAUAGAGGUGGCCACGGCGGAAGAGGUGGUCGCGGAGGUAGACGUAGACGCGGUGGUUGGGGUGGAUAUGGCAGAGGACGCGGAAAAAGAGGUGGACGUCGCGGUUAA